GAUCGCCUUUAUUUUGCAAUUCUCUGCCAAAAACCAAAGAGUGGAGCUGCAAAUACCCAUUAUUUCUGCAUAGAUGAUGAAUUUGUAUAUGAGAACUUCUAUGCAGACUUUGGACCACUCAAUCUGGCAAUGGUCUACAGAUACUGCUGCAAGCUAAAUAAGAAAUUAAAGUCAUUUUCAUUGAUAAGGAAGAAAAUAAUUCAUUAUACUGGCUUUGAUCAGAAAAAACAAGCUAAUGCUGCAUUCCUCAUAGGCUCCUACGCAAUAAUAUACCUGAGAGAAUCCCCAGAAGAUGUAUACAGGCUUAUACUGGCUGGAAGCGUUUCAUAUCUUCCUUUCAGGGAUGCUUCCUUUGGUACUUGCAGUUUUCAUCUGACAUUGCUGGACUGUUUUCAUGCAAUAAACAAGGCUUUGCAAUAUGGUUUCCUGGAUUUCAAUACGUUUGAUGUAAAUGAAUAUGAACAUUAUGAAAGAGCAGAAAAUGGAGAUUUUAACUGGAUAAUACCAAACAAAUUCAUUGCCUUCAGUGGACCUCAUUCAAGAAGUAAAAUUGAAAAUGGCUAUCCCCACCAUGCUCCAGAGGCUUAUUUCCCAUACUUCAGGAAACAUAAGGUCACCACUAUAAUACGCCUCAACAAAAAACUGUAUGAUGCCAAACGAUUUACAGAUGCUGGAUUUGAGCAUUUUGACCUCUUCUUUGCUGAUGGAAGCACACCUAGUGAUACUAUAGUUAAAACAUUUCUAAAUAUUUGUGAAAAUGCUGAAGGUGUUAUAGCCGUUCAUUGCAAAGCUGGUCUUGGACGAACUGGCACACUUAUUGCCUGUUAUAUUAUGAAGCAUUAUCGGAUGACAGCUGCUGAAACUAUUGCCUGGAUUAGAAUAAAUAGACCUGGCUCAGUGAUUGGACCACAACAACACUUCCUGAUGGACAAGCAGGCAGAACUUUGGACAGAAGGAGAUAUUUUCCAUGCAAAGUUGAAAGGAAACCGUAAAAUUGCUGUAACAAGAAUUCUGUCAGGAGUAGAUGAUAUUUCAAUUAAUGACACGAGAAACAGGAGAACCAUCCGAAAGGACAUUGAACUGUACAGUGAUGAAGAUGAAACAAACUGUGUAACACAAGGUGAUAAGCUUCGUGCUCUGAAAAGUAGAAGGCAGGCAAAAGCUCCAACUGCAUCUCCACUAACGUAA